AUGUCGAUGCCAGGGCUCAAACCCAUUAUCUUUUACGAUUUCUCCAGCAUAGUGCAGGGUAAACCAUGGUCUGUAGCCACGAUGCAAACAAGAUAUUGUCUUACCUUCAAGCACCUACCCUUCCAGACCGUCUGGCUCGAAUACUCGGAGGUCAAACCACUUUACGAGCAGCAUUCUCUCGCACCCAUCGUCAUGCGCAACUUCAAGGGAACUCCGGUAACCAUACACACGCUUCCUGUCAUCAUGGAUCCAAAUACGAAUAGAUGGAUCAAAGACACCUUUGAGAUUGCACAGUACCUCGAUGAGCAAUACCCCGAUACACCAAAAUUGAUGCCACACAACACAGCCGCACUGAUACACAUCUUUCACACCGCGUUCUAUCAAGCUAUAAAGAAUACCAUCUUGCUGGCCUGUUUUAGAUGUGCUCAGAAACUUAAACCCGAGAGCAAGGAGUAUUAUAUCCGCACUCGGGUAGAGCGAUUUGACGUUCCAUGGAUGCAUUUUGCAACCGUCAAGAGAAGAGUUGAACAAUGGAAUACACUGCGUACUGCGUACAAUACCAUAGACGGAUGGUAUGCGAUGAGCCGCGGUCAAUUCAUAUUGGGGGAUACGCCGUGUUUCGCUGACUUCAUAGUUGCGGGACUGUGCAAAUGGGCACAGUAUUGCCUUGAGGAUCUGGAAUGGGAGGAAAUGAAGAGUUGGAACAGAGGGCGGUGGGGGAGACUAAUGGAGGCAAUUGACAGGUAUCUUGAUUGUUCGAGGUCCGUUGAACAUGAUGCGCUCGACUUACCUACAUGA